AAUCAGUUCAGCUUGCAUCAGUUCAGUUUGGAAGUUAGUGUUGUGCAAAGCUGACAUAAUCUACAGAAGGCCAGCCGUGCGCCACAUCCCAAUCCUCGCCUAUCACAAUGCUAGACAUUCGUCUGCUGUCUCCAGAGCUAGCUCAAAAGGCUAGAGAAGAGCUGAAUGAAGUUCCAGAAAGGAUAGAGGAGGAUAUAGCGACCCUUCGUUCAUGGCUGGCCAAAUGUCCACACAUCAAAGCUCGUACCGAUGACCAAUUCCUACUCAUGUUCCUACGUGGUGCUAAGCACAGUCUGGAGCGAGCCAAACAAAAGCUUGACCUGUACUACACCAUUCGAACUGCUCUUCCUGAGUUGAUCAGAAAUCGAGAUCCUUACGAUGAGAGAAUGGCUGCUCUAAUAAGAAUGGGAUCAGCCAUUCCACUGCCGCACACUGAUACUCCCUCAAGUCCUCGUAUUAUGCUAAUCCGACCAGGCGUUUAUGAUCCUGCCAAGUUCUCCAUUCAAGAUGUGUUCAAAUUCAACACGAUGAUGAGUGAUAUUAUGAUGAAGGAAGACGACAAUAUGGGUGUCGCUGGUCAGAUGGGUAUUCUAGAUUUGUCCAACACAACGAUGGCCCAUUUCCUGCAAUUCAAUCCAACUUUUGUCAAAAAGGCUACUAUGUGGUCUCAAGAAGCAUCACCAUUGCGUCUAAAAGGAUUCCAUUACAUCAAUACUCCUCCUGGAUUUGAAACCGUGUACAAUUUAUUCAAAUCUUUCCUGAAUGAAAAGAAUCGAUCUCGGCUCAUUGUCCACGGAAGUAACAUGGAAUCAUUGUACAAACACAUCCCUAAACGCCUGCUUCCUACGGAGUAUGGCGGUGAGGCUGGACCGAUCCAGGAUAUCAUUGACACAUGGGUGACUAAAAUCGAAAGCCACAAGGAUUUCUUCAAGGAAGAAGAUCAGUACGGUACCGAUGAGAAAAAGCGACCGGGCAGACCAAAGAACGCCGAAUCACUUUUCGGUAUUGAGGGUUCGUUUCGGAAGCUGGAAUCCUGCAGCACCAUGGUCAACAUUCGACCGGUAUCGGAAAUUCUCAGCAAAAAGGCCCAGGUCGAGUUGAAUGAGAAAUCCGAACGAGUCCAGGAAGACCUGAAUGUUCUCCGGCAAUGGAUUGCCAAGAGUCCGCACAUCCGAUCGCGAGUAGACGAUCAGUUUUUGAUUGCAUUUCUCCGCGGUUGUAAGUACAGUUUGGAACGGACCAAGGAAAAGCUGGAUAUGUUCUACACGGUCCGGACCAUGUCACCAGAAUUGAUAAGAUCGCGAGAUCCGGAGAAUCCAAAGAUACGAGAAAUCAUUCGCCUCGGCGUUGGAUUGGCACUACCGUACACGGAAACUCCGGAUUCUCCCAGGAUCAUACUUAUACGGCCGGCAGCUUAUGAUCCAGCCAGGAUCACCAUAGAAGAAGUCAUUCGAGUGAGCACCAUGGCCAACGACGUGAUGAUGAUCGAAGAUGACAACUUUGUAAUUGCUGGUCAGAUUGGAAUCUUGGAUCUCUCUAACGUGACUAUGGCUCACUUCCUACAAUUUUCUCCGUCAUUUGUUAAAAAAAUGACCAUGAUGAGCCAGGAAGCUUCACCUCUGCGACAGAAAGGGUUCCACUACAUCAAUACUCCCAACGGGUUUGAAAUGGUAUUCAACAUGUUCAAAAAUUUCAUGAGUGAGAAAAACAAAUCUAGGCUUUAUGUUCACGGACAUGAUCUGGAAUCACUUUAUCGACAUGUACCAAAGAGGCUUCUUCCAGCUGAAUACGGUGGAGAUGCUGGACCACUUCAAGAUAUUAUCAACAGCUGGGAGAAGAAGCUUGUCUCGUAUCGCGAUUAUUUCUUGGAGGAAGACCAGUACGGAACAGAAGAGAAGAAGCGACCUGGACGACCAAAGAAUGCCGAAAGUUUGUUUGGCGUUGAAGGAUCAUUUCGAAAGUUACAAGUAGAUUGAUUCAAGAAUGUCUACCGAUUCACUUUAUUUUUGAGAUUUUAAAUAAACCCUGCUGCUUGCAGCUUGUUUUGCUUA